AUGGUUACUAAAUAUUCAGAAAUACAAAGAUCCGUGUUUUGUUAUGAUUCUGAGAAUAAAUGUAUUAUUAAAGGUGAUAAUUUUGAAAAUAAAGUAGGGCUUUACUUGAAAAAAAAUGGAUUACAUCCAAAGAUAAUUAAAAAUUAUACAUUCACCGAUGGGCGUUUUUUAAUGAGAAAAGAUAAGUCUUUACGGUCAGGAAGAAUAAUAUUAUUAAAAGAUAGUUCUAUAGAAGGUUUAGAAAUUAUUAAUACGGGAAAGUAUACUAUAAUUGGUGAUGAUGGAACGGAUAUAUGGUGUAAUUAUUUUGGUUAUCCAUUAUUGGUACAGUGUAAAUUUCAUUCUGUUUGUGAUACAUGUAAAAAUAAAAAUAAAAAUUGUAGUCAUGGAUAUUGGGAAAAGGAUAUGAUAAAGGAUGUUAAAAAACUUGAUGAUAAAUUAUCUGAAUAUAAAGUAGAUGUAUUUGGUAUAUUUGUGAUUAGUGAAGGAAUAAAAAUAUGCGAAGAAGUUAAAAAUAUGAAAUUUAAAAAUAUCAUGAAGGUUGUUAAUUUUUAUGAUAAAUCCGAAAAAAAUGAUUUUUUUGAUAAUUUAAAAAAUCAAAUAGAUUUAUUAGGUAAACAAUUAAUAAAUAAAACACAAAAUAUGGACUGGUGCAUAUCUCUCGAAGAUAAAAAACGUGUAGAAUUAGAAUUAGCUUAUAGAAAUUUAGAAAAAAUAAUCGAUGAUAAAUCAUUACUGAUUAUAACGAAUUUUUAUUAUAAAAAUUUAAAAAAAAUACCUUAUUAUGUUAGACAGGCAUAUAAUAUUACAAGUUUAAAUGAUAUUU